AUGACUGGAACCCCGCUGGUGAUUAUCACAGGAGCGAGUCGCGGAAUCGGGCGCGAAAUCUUCGAUCAGGCGCUUGAAGAUCAUGGCGAUGCCGUUGUCGUGCUGACCUCCCGCCGAAUUGAGGAUCUCGAGAAGGUCAAGUCGGCGAUCGCGUCAAGCCAUCAUUCUGCUACCGUCCAUCUCUUCGCUCAAGAUUUGGCGACAUGGGAUGACGCUGCGGGACAGAAAUUUGCUGAACUGCUACAAAAGAUCGUUGACGGCGCAAGCAUCUCGGGCGUCUUGCUAUUCCAUAAUGCUGGAUCUACCGGGGAUCUGACAAAGAAAGCGGCUGAGCUCUCUGAUUUGAAAGAUUGGCAGCAGUAUCUACAGGCAAAUUUCCUGUCGCUGGUCUCGAUCAACAACGCCGUCGUUCGAGUUGUCGGCAACAAGAGCGCGAAGAAAACUAUCAUCAACAUUACGAGCUUGGUUGCGAUUCAGGCGUUCCCUUCUUUUACACAGUACGCUUGCGGAAAAGCUGUCCGCGAGGCCUUCUUCCGGAGCUUGGCUGUGGAGUAUCCGGACUGGAAGAUCCUAAAUUAUUCACCGGGUCCGGUUGACACUGAUAUGUAUCACUCUGUCGCGAAAAAUUCUUAUGACGAGGAGACGAGGGAGGAGUUCAAGAAAAAGGCAGAGUGUAAGGACGCUGCGGAGUCGGUGCUCAGUCGGAAAAUGUUAACCCCGAAAGAGACCGUCACGCGUCUGUUUCACAUCCUCAAAGAAGAUAAAUUCGAGUCUGGUGGCCGUGUCGACUACUUUGACAAAGAA